AUGGUGCCGGAGCUGGCCGUGGUGGUGAUGGAGAGGAUAUCAGCGAUGGUGCUGAUGUUGGGCGUGGCGGUGGUCCCAAGGAUAUCAGUGAUGGUGCCGGAGCUGGCUGUGGCGGUGGUGCCAGAGGAUAUCAGCGAUGGUACCAGUGUUGGCCGUGGCGGUGGUGGCGAGGGUAUCCGCAAUGGUGCCGGAGCUGCCCGUGGCGGUGGUGGCGAGGAUAUCAGCGAUGGUGCUGGUAUUGAGCUUGGUGGUGUUGGCGAGGAUAUCAGCGACGGUGCCAGAGCUGGCCGUGGUGGUGGUGCCGAGGGUAUCAGCAACGGUGCCGGAGCUGGCUGUGGCGGUGGUGGCCAGGAUAUCAGUGAUGGUGCUGGUGUUGGGCAUGGCAGUGGUGCCGAGGAUAUCAUUGACAGUGCUGGAACUGGCUAUGGUGGUGGUGGCGAGGAUAUCAGUGACAGUUCUUGUUUUGGGCGUGGUGGUGGGAAUAUCAGCGACUGUGCCGGAGCUGGCUGUGGCGGUGGUGCCGAGGAUAUCAGUGAUGGUAGUGGCACUUAUUCUGUGUCCCUAAGUUCUGUGUAA